AUGAAGCUCCAGCCACGCCAGCACCCCAUCUGCUGCCACCACGCGAAUCGGGGAUCACUGACCGGCUCUUCAUCUAAAGCGGCCAUCGAAGGCGAUCCAGAGGAGGGGGAAGCAGCUGUUUGCCUUUCUUCAGCCCUCAUGGACGGAUGGGUCCUAAUUCUGACGCUGCGUGGGAGUGAAGCGGAGAAGGAGAAUACGCAAAAGAAAACCUUCACUAGCUGGGUCAAUUCGCAGCUGGAAAAGCAUUCUCCUCCCUCUGCUAUCUUGGACUUGUAUACAGAUGUUGGGAAGGGACAUGUUCUUUUGGACCUGUUAGAAGUGCUUUCUGGACAACAGCUGCCACGAGAGAAAGGAUGUAAUCCUUUCCAGUGCAGAAGCAAUGUUGAAAAUGCCCUCAGUUUCCUCAAGAACAGAUCGGUCAAGCUCAUCAACAUUCACGUCGCUGAUAUCAUCGAAGGAAACCCAUCCAUCGUGCUGGGCCUCAUUUGGACAAUUAUACUGCACUUCCAUGUGAAGCGUGGCUCGGGCGCUCAGCUUGUGGUGACUCAUCGUCCCUCUCUGGACAAUGCAAACGCCGUUAGUGCGUCACCUGCAGCGAGUCCAUCUGCUGAAAGAAGCGUGAAGGCGAAAGAGAGGUGGAAGAUGUCUGCGAAGAAGGCUCUGCUGCUCUGGGCCAAGGAGCUGUGUGCCACGUACGUAACCGUGUGGUGCUUCAAUGGUGUACCUCUCAUAGUUUUCUGUAGUGGGCAGAUGGUUGGAGAUUAG